AGAGAGGAAGAAAUAGAGCGUGAGGAGGAAGCUGCCCCGCUUGCAGGUGCUGGGGGGCAGCAGCUGGAGACCCCCCUGGUCUGUGAUAGCUUUUCCUUCUUCCAACUCACCCGCUGGCUUCGCUGUGCAUGACGGAGAAGAGACGGAUUUCCCAUUCCCCCAGCCCUGAGCCUCUCUCAGGGCUGCGAACCCAGAGGUGCUUCACAACAUGAGACUCUCCGGCAAAGGUCUCCCACUGGCAUGUCUCCUAGUUCUGUUUUACAGCCCUGUUUCUGAUGCCUGGACGUCCAUGCUGCCUAGCUCCAUCCAAGCCCUGAAGGGCUCCUGCGUGGUCAUUCCCUGCUCGUUCACCUUCCCGGGUUCCCGCGAUUCCUGGGCUGGCAAGUUCAGUGUGGCUUGGUACCAGUACCGGUCGAGAGGGUACCCUGAAAUCUACAACAGCAAAAGCCAGGGCAGUGUCUUGUCAGGGUACCAAGGGCGGACAGACGUCCUGGGAGACCUAGAGAUGGGCAACUGCACCCUUAGCAUCAACCCUGUUCGCAGCGAGGAUGCCAUGAGCUACUAUGUCUGGAUCAACCCCGAUUCGGUUAGCCACCGCUUCUACGACGUCACGGUCCGGGUGGACGUAGCAGACACUCCAUCGCAACUGGAGGUGAGUGACCCAGGCUUACUGACCGAAGGCGACCGCACCCUGAUCACUUGUUCAACCCUGCACACCUGCCCCUUGACUCCACCUACUCUGGCCUGGAACCUUGUGGGAGUCAAGGCUGCCACAGCCCAGGAACGUCUUGCUGGGGGUUCCUGGCGGACGGAAUCGGAACUCAGCUACACCCCUUCGCACAAGGAUCAUGGCAAAUACCUGCAGUGCACAGCCACCUUCCCAAACCAGCAACAGUCUAGUAAUGGAAUCUACCUGCAGGUUAAAUAUUCUCCCAAAAAUGCUGUCGUCUCCGUCGUGGGGAACCCAAACCUGAAAGAAGGAGACAGCGUCACCCUCCGAUGCAGCAGCCAGAGCAACCCCCCGGCUGUCAGUUACCGGUGGUUCUUCGGGCCUCGCAAAGCACCACUGCGGGCAGCAGGUGUUGGGCCAGAGGUGACCCUGGCAGAUGUGCGGAGGGACUCGGGGCCAUACCACUGUGUUGCAGAGAAUGAUGUCGGGAUGGGGGAAGACUCGCCGCCCACCUACCUCAACGUGGAGUAUAAGCCAGUGAUCCUGCCUCAAGGGAACUGCACCCUGUCACGGACUGGAGAGAUAGUAACGUGUUACUGCAUAGCCGAGGGAAACCCCUUACCCGAAAUCGAGUGGCGCCUACCAAACCGUACCGUUCCUGGGGAGUUCAACAGCUCUGAGCUGCAGGCAGCCUCAGUCUCCUGGGGACAGGCCAUCAUUGGGAUAUUGACAGGCCCCACCUCCAGCCUCACCAACGUGUCUUGCACAGCUACCAACCAACACGGGCCAAGCCAAAUCACACUGCCCACCAUCCAGGCAGGGGACACCACCCUCCUGCUUAUGGCCUCUGGGGGUGCUGUUGGGGGCCUUCUCUUCUUCUCCCUGCUGGGAACGGUGAUCUACAAGGUGAUGAAGAGCAGAAAAAAGGGGCAGAAGCAAGAGGAAGACGAGGACCAGGAGGACCCUACGCUGUAUGUCACGGAUGAAAAUGGGGAGCAGAAGACGUCGCUCAAAGUAGAGAAGCCCUCCAGGUCCAAGAAGAAAGAGGAGCAGUUCAACAUGUACAGCAAGUCGAAGGGAGGAGGGAGCCCAGCUGCUGACAAUGAUCUGAGCACCAAGGCCUACGAAUCCAUGGCGGUGGUUGAAGAUUAUGAAAAUGUAUCAGCCGGUGAGCUGACUGGACUUUAUGGGAACCUGGGCAACUGGCAGCCCACCUCUGGAACCGACCAGAUCUACUCCAAUGUCUGACCCAACCCAAGGGAGGAGAGAACUUUUGCCCAAAUGCUUUCCUUUUCCUUUUUUUUCUAUUUAACAAGUGCUUGUAUAAUAACUAGAAGUAAUGCUAGCUAGACCAAUGGGGGUGAUCGGGUAGGAGAGCCGUGGGGGUGGUGUCAAAUUCGUAUGCCCAAAUAAACCUUCUGGGGCUCCCUCCAUGCAACGGUUACCUCCUACAAUUCCCUGGGGGAGUAUUGUUAGUAUAAACCCUUGGGACUCCCUGCUCCAGGGAGAACAAAAUACUAGUAUUAACUCUCAGGACUUCCUGCUCUUUUUGUGUGUGUCCAGGGAUAUGUUCUUGGGUGUAGAACCCCAGUUCCCAGUACAUGAGGGGGAAUAUUUAUGACCUUACCCCCCGAGGCUCCUUUCUGUGAGGAAGUAUUAUUGAUCCUCACCCCUGGGAUUUCUUGCUGCGAGAGGGAUAGCUGUUGGCACUGAACCCCUCCAAGACAGCCGGCUGAAGGGUGUUUGGAAGGCUGUG